UCGAUUACCGGUAUGCCAGCAGCAUUGGACCAACCAUCACGCGCCUAUCGUGGAGCCCACGGCCUCCAAGGACGCGCCGGCCCGGGAUAGCGAUAGUACUAUACGACCUCUCAAUUUCUGACCACUAUCGCAUCUAUCCGCGGGUGACCACUGAAUCGAGCUCCAAGCUGCGCACAUGACCUGGGAUUGGGUGGCAACAGUAUUAUGUUCCAAAGUGGGCAGUUGAUAUAGGAGAGGUGUGAGUAUAAAGGGUGAGUAGUCGUGCGCCAAUCUUUUUUGCCGUCUCGUAUCUUCAGUGUCCCCUGUAUCCAGAUCAAGAUGUUGUUCACCAGCGCUGUUGCUGCCGUUGCUCUUCUCGCCACCCAGGCUUCUGCCCACGGUGCUGUUACCAGCUACGUGAUCGAUGGCACCACCUACCCUGGAUACGAAGGCUUUGCGCCGGCCACCAGCCCCAAGACCAUCCAGCGCCAGUGGCCCGACUAUAACCCCACUAUGACCGUCACCGACAAGAAGGUCAUGUGCAAUGGUGGCACAUCCGCAGACCUCAGCGCUCCGGUGAAGGCUGGAGGCAAGGUCAAGGCCAUUUGGAAGCAAUGGACUCAUGCCCAGGGUCCCGUCAUGGUCUGGAUGUACAAAUGCGCUGGAGACUUCAAGUCGUGCGACGGAUCAGGCAAGAAGUGGUUCAAGAUUGACCAGAAGGGCAUGACCGCACCUCCUCUUUCCGGCACUGCCUGGGGAACCAACGAUGUCCUCAAGAACCUGUACUGGGAGUCCACCAUCCCGAGCUCUCUUGCUGCCGGCAACUACCUCAUCCGCCACGAACUCCUCGCUCUUCACCAGGCCAAUACCCCUCAGUUCUACGCCGAGUGCGCUCAGCUACAGGUUACUGGCAGUGGUUCCGGCUCUCCCAGCGGCGACUACCUCGCCACUAUUCCCGGCUAUGCGUCCCAGAGCGACCCCGGAAUCACGGUCGACACAUAUGGAAGCAAGGCAACGACCUACACUCCUCCUGGACCCAAGGUUUGGACUGGUUAG